AUGUCUUCUGUUGUGGAGAAUGUCAUGGCUUCCGUUGUGGAGGAUGAUAUGGCUUCUCUUGUGGAGGAUGACAUGGCUUUUGUUCUGGAUGAUGUGAUGGCUUCUGUUGUGAACGAUGACGUGGCUUCUGUUAUGGACGAUGUGAUGUCUUCUGUUGUUGGGGAUGUCAUAGCUCUUGUUGUUAAGGAUGUCAUGGCUUUUGUUGUGGAGGAUGUCAUGGCUUCUGUUGUGAAGGAUAAGAUGUCUCCUGUUGUGAAGGAUGACGUGGCUUCUGUUAUGGACGAUGUGAUGUCUUCUGUUGUUGGGGAUGUCAUAGCUCUUGUUGUUACGGAUGUCAUGGCUUUUGUUGUGGGGGAUGUCAUGGCUUCUGUUGUGAAGGAUAAGAUGUCUCCUGUUGUGAAGGAUGACGUGGCUUCUGUUAUGGACGAUGUGAUGUCUUCUGUUGUUGGGGAUGUAAUAGCUCUUGUUGUUAAGGAUGUCAUAGCUUUUGUUGUGGAGGAUGUCAUGGCUUUUGUUGUGGAGGGUGUCAUGGCUUCUGGUGUGAAGGAUGACGUAGUUUCUGUUGUGGAGGGUAUCAUGGCUUCUGUUGUGGAGGGUGUCAUGGCGACUGUUGUGGAUGAUGUCGUGGUUUCUGUUGUAAACGAUGUCAUGGCCUCUGUUGUGGACGAUGUCAUGGCGUCUGUUGUUGAGGAUCUAAUGGCUUCUGUUGUUGAGGAUGUCAUGGCUUUUGUUGUUAAGGAUGUCAUGGCUUCUGUUGUUGAGGAUGUUAUAGCUUCUGUUGUGGACGAUAUGAUGUCUUCUGUUGUGGACGAUGCCAUGACUUCUGUUGUUGAGUGUGUCGUGGCUUCUGUUAUGGACGAUGUGAUGUCUUCUGUUGAGGAGGGUGUCAUGGCUUCUCUUGUGGACGAUGUGAUGUCUUCUGUUGUGGAGGGUGUCAUGGCUUUUGUUGUGGACGAUGUCAUGGCUUCUGUUGUGGACGGUGUCAUGGCUUCUGUUAUGGACGAAGUGAUGUCUUCUGUUGAGGAGGGUGUCAUGGCUUCUGUCUUUGACGAUGUCAUGACUUCUGUUGUUGAGUGUGUCAUGGCUUCUGUUGUGGACGAUGUGAUGUCUUCUGUUGUGGAGGAUGUCAUGGCUUUUGUUAUGGACGAUGUGAUGGCUUCUGUUGUUGAGGGUGGCGUGGCUUUUGUUGUGGAGGGUGUCAUGGCUUCUGUUGUGGACGAUGUCAUGGCUUCUGUUGUGGACGGUGUCAUGGCUUCUGUUAUGGACGAAGUGAUGUCUUCUGUUGAGGAGGGUGUCAUGGCUUCUGUCUUUGACGAUGUCAUGACUUCUGUUGUUGAGUGUGUCAUGGCUUCUGUUGUGGACGAUGUGAUGUCUUCUGUUGUGGAGGGUGUCAUGGCUUCUGUUGUUGACGAUGCCAUGACUUCUGUUGUUGGGUGUGUCAUGGCUUCUGUUGUGGAGGGUGUCAUGGCUCCUGUUGUGGACGAUAUGAUGUCUUCUGUUGUGGAGGGUGUCAUGGCUUCUGUUGUGGACGAUGCCAUGACUUUUAUUGUUGAGUGUGUCAUGGCUUCUGUUAUGGACGAUGUGAUGUCUUCUGUUAAGGAGGCUGUCAUGGCUACUGUUGUGGACGAUGUGAUGUCUUCUGUUGUGGAGGGUGUCAUGACUUCUGUUGUUGAGUGUGUCAUGGCUUCUGUUGUGGACGAUGUGAUGUCUUCUGUUGUGGAGGGUGUCAUGGCUUCUGUUGUUGACGAUGCCAUGACUUCUGUUGUUGGGUGUGUCAUGGCUUCUGUUGUGGAGGGUGUCAUGGCUCCUGUUGUGGACGAUAUGAUGUCUUCUGUUGUGGAGGGUGUCAUGGCUUCUGUUGUGGACGAUGCCAUGACUUUUAUUGUUGAGUGUGUCAUGGCUUCUGUUAUGGACGAUGUGAUGUCUUCUGUUAAGGAGGCUGUCAUGGCUACUGUUGUGGACGAUGUGAUGUCUUCUGUUGUGGAGGGUGUCAUGGCUUCUGUUGUGGACGAUGCCAUGACUUCUGUUGUUGAGUGUGUCAUGGCUUCUGUAAUGGACGAUGUGAUGUCUUCUGUUGUUGAGUGUGUCAUGGCUUCUGUUAUGGACGAUGUAAUGUCUUCUGUUGAGGAGUGUGUCAUGGCUUCUGUUGUGGACGAUGUGAUGUCUUCUGUUGUGGAGGGUGUCAUGGCUUUUGUUGGGGACGAUGUCAUGGCUUCUGUUAUGGACGAUGUCAUGUCUUCUGUUGUGGAGUGUGUCAUGGCUUCUGUUGUGGACGAUGUGAUGUCUUCUGUUGUUGAGUGUGUCAUGGCUUCUGUUAUGGACGAUGUCAUGGCUUCUGUUGUGGAGGGUGUCAUGGCUUCUGUUGUGGACGAUGUCAUGGCUUCUGUUGUGGACGAUGCCAUGGCUUCUGUUGUGGACGAUGCCUUGGCUUCUGUUGUGGACGUCGCCUUGGCUUCUGUUGUGGACGAUAUGAUGUCUUCUGUUGUGGAGGGUGUCAUGGCUUCUGUUGUGGACGAUGCCAUGUCUUCUGUUGUGGAGGGUGUCAUGACUUCUGUUGUUGACGAUGUCAUGACUUCUGUUGUUAAGGAUGUCAUGGCUUCUGUUGUUGAGGAUGUGAUGUCUUCUGUUGUGGAGGGUGUCAUGAAUUCCUUUGCCGACGAUGACAUAGUUUCAGUUGUGGAGGGUGUUAUGUCGCCUAUUGUGUUCGUCAAAGCUUUAGAUGUUGCGGGGGAAGUCAGAACAUCAGUCGUUCCCUGCAUGAGAUAA